UUCUUCAGGAACAACAACACGGCUACUCUUUCAACCACCUCGGUAGCUUGCUAGCCAACAUAAAACUGGAAGAUUGACUCUUUAGACCAUGUUAAUGUACAUUAGCUAAUCUCAGUGUUGUAAACGCAGUUCAGGUGACGUAUCAACUGGUUAACUUUAACCUAAUUUGCUUGUUCAAUUUGCAAACUUGUUAAAUAUUGAUACUGAGCCUAGUACUAGGCUAAUGCUAACUAGCUAGCUAACAUCCCCGACCAUGAGCUCGCUAAACUACUCAUCCCCUGCUAAAGAAGAGGAUGCCUGUUGUACGGAGAAAGAAGAUCUGGCGCUGAACAUUGUUGUGGAAGAAGAAGAAGAGGUUAUUACAGUGAAAGAAGAGAAAGAACCUUUCAUAAUGAAAAAGGAGGAAGAAGAGGUUGUUAUAGUGAAGGAAGAAGAGGUUGUUAUAGUGAAGGAAGAAGAGGUUGUUAUAGUGAAGGAAGAAGAGGUUGUUAUAGUGAAGGAAGAAGAGGCUGUUAUAGUGAAGGAAGAAGAGGCUGUUAUAGUGAAGGAAGAAGAGGCUGUUACAGUGAAAGAAGAGAAAGAGCCUUUUAGAGAGGGAGAGGAUGCUAUCUCAAUAAAGGUGAAGGAGGAAGACGUUUUGGGAGUGAAAGAGGAGGAGACAGAAGAAGCUUUCAGAAUGAAAAAGGAGGAAGAUGCCAUUACAUUGGAAGAACUGUUUGGAGUUAAAGAGGAAGAGAAGGCUAUCUCAAUUAAAGAAGAGGAAGACGUUUUAGGAGUGAAAGAGGAGACAGAAGAAGCUUUCAGAAUAAAAAAGGAGGAAGAGGAGGCUAUCACGUUGAAAGAGGAUGAUAUUACAGUGAAAGGGGAAGAUGGGAAAGAGGUUGUCAGCGUGAAAGAGGAGGUAGAAGCUUUCAGAAUCAAAAAGGAGGAAGAUGCCAUAACAUUGAAAGAAGUGGAAGAACUGUUUGGAGUAAAAGAGGAAGAGGAGGCUAUCUCAAUUAAAGAAGAGGAAGAUGUUUUGGGAGUGAAAAAGGAGGAGGAGACAGAAUAUCCGAUUACCAUCAGAGAGAGACAUGACUAUUGUGGAUCCUCUGGGGAGCCUCAACAACAUCCUGAUGCUGACGAGUCAGAGAAGAAUCUCUCCAGAUCAGAACACCAGAUGGACAACGCUAGCCCGCCCCCUUCCGCACUCCUGGAGUCCCCGUGUCAUUUCUCUCCCGGUAGCACCUUACUGCUGGGUAUGAAGAGGUUGUCUGUGCUGCUGGUGGACUGCAGGAAAACAACGGGGCUGAGUGGAACUGUGAGAGGAGGAGAAGAGAAGAAAGGAUCAGAUUUGACACAUCAAAAUGAAAUCUCGCGUCUUGUGACGGCCGGCCGCCCAACAACCUGCCCGCUUGACCCUAUCCCCUCCUCUCUUCUCCAGACCAUUUCCGGAGACCUUCUCCCUUACUUCACCUCGCUCAUCAACUCAUCCUUGACCGCUGGCUACGUCCCUUCCGUCUUCAAGAGAGCGAGAGUUGCACCCCUUCUGAAAAAACCUACACUCGAUCCCUCUGAUGUCAACAACUACAGACCAGUAUCCCUUCUUUCUUUUCUCUCCAAAACUCUUGAACGUGCCGUCCUUGGCCAGCUCUCCUGCUAUCUCUCUCAGAAUGACCUUCUUGAUCCAAAUCAGUCAGGUUUCAAGACUAGUCAUUCAACUGAGACUGCUCUUCUCUGUGUCACGGAGGCGCUCCGCACUGCUAAAGCUAACUCUCUCUCCUCUGCUCUCAUCCUUCUAGACCUAUCGGCUGCCUUUGAUACUGUGAACCAUCAGAUCCUCCUCUCCACCCUCUCCGAGUUGGGCAUCUCCGGCGCGGCCCACACUUGGAUUGCGUCCUACCUGACAGGUCGCUCCUACCAGGUGGCGUGGCGAGAACCUGUCUCCGCACCACGUGCUCUCACCACUGGUGUCCCCCAGGGCUCUGUUCUAGGCCCUCUCCUAUUCUCGCUAUACACCAAGUCACUUGGCUCUGUCAUAUCCUCACAUGGUCUCUCCUAUCAUUGCUAUGCAGACGACACACAAUUAAUCUUCUCCUUUCCCCCCUCUGAUAACCAGGUGGUGAAUCGCAUCUCUGCAUGUCUGGCAGACAUAUCAGUGUGGAUGACAGAUCACCACCUCAAGCUGAACCUCGGCAAGACGGAGCUGCUCUUCCUCCCGGGGAAGGACUGCCCGUUCCAUGAUCUCGCCAUCACGGUUGACAACUCCAUUGUGUCCUCCUCCCAGAGUGCUAAGAACCUUGGUGUGAUCCUGGACAACACCCUGUCGUUCUCAACUAACAUCAAGGCGGUGACCCGUUCCUGUAGGUUCAUGCUCUACAACAUUCGCAGAGUACGACCCUGCCUCACGCAGGAAGCGGCGCAGGUCCUAAUCCAGGCACUUGUCAUCUCCCGUCUGGAUUACUGCAACUCGCUGUUGGCUGGGCUCCCUGCCUGUGCCAUUAAACCCCUACAACUCAUCCAGAACGCCGCAGCUCGUCUGGUGUUCAACCUUCCCAAGUUCUCUCACGUCACCCCGCUCCUCCGCUCUCUCCACUGGCUUCCAGUUGAAGCUCGCAUCCGCUACAAGACCAUGGUGCUUGCCUACGGAGCUGUGAGGGGAACGGCACCUCCGUACCUUCAGGCUCUGAUCAGGCCCUACACCCAAACAAGGGCACUGCGUUCAUCCACCCUUGGCCUGCUCGCCUCCCUACCUCUGAGGAAGUACAGUUCCCGCUCAGCCCAGUCAAAACUGUUCGCUGCUCUGGCCCCCCAAUGGUGGAACAAACUCCCUCACGACGCCAGGACAGCGGAGUCAAUCACCACCUUCCGGAGACACCUGAAACCCCACCUCUUUAAGGAAUACCUAGGAUAGGAUAAAGUAAUCCUUCUAAUCCCCCCCCCCCCCUAAAAGAUUUAGAUGCACUAUUGUAAAGUGGUUGUUCCACUGGAUAUCAUAAGGUGAAUGCACCAAUUUGUAAGUCGCUCUGGAUAAGAGCGUCUGCUAAAUGACUUAAAUGUAAAUGUAAAUGUAAAUACAAUAGAUCUGCCCACUGGUAUCUGUUACCAGGACAACCAGCAGAGUUCUGUUGACAGGAAGAUAGACUGGUAUCUGUUACCAGGACAACCAGCAGAGUUCUGUUGACAGGAAGAUAGACUGGUAUCUGUUACCAGGACAACCAGCAGAGUUCUGUUAGUUGACAGGAAGAUAGACUGGUAUCUGUUACCAGGACAACCAGCAGAGUUCUGUUAGUUGACAGGAAGCUAGACUGGUAUCUGUUACCAGGACAACCAGCAGAGUUCUGUUAGUUGACAGGAAGAUAGACUGGUGGAUAUGGAUGUUAUGAAUAUCAUAACACUGAAAAAGGAUUCUGCCAAUGAAAAGAAAGAGACCAAUAGACCAUAUAAAACCUUGAAAGAUAUCUUUGGAGAAAAAGUUUAAAGAUUGUCCGAUAUGAGGUGCUUUUUUACUAAAACUUUCCCUUAAAACAUUAUGGAUGUUACAUUUUCUGUCCCAGUCAACCCCCUAUCUUUACCAGACUGUACAACAGGCAAACAAAACUCCAGACACUACAAUUUGUCCUGUGUUAAUUAAUUAACUAAUACUGGAGGAAAGUUGUGAUCAGGCUGCCCACUCAAGAGAAAACUUCAAACUGUAACCAGUGCCUGCAACCUGGUUCAGGUUAUCAAUCAACCUACCAAGGUAGUUACAAACAGUAGAGGAAUGAAAUUAACAACAUAUUUUGAUCAUAUCUUUACUCAUGCUGCAGAAAUGGGUUUUAAAGCAGUUUCCAAAUCCAUUGUAUGUAGUAAUCACAAUAUAGUAGCCAUGUCUAGGAAAACCACAGUUCCAAAGGCUGGGCCUAAUAUUGUGUAUAAGAGGUCAUACAAUUUUGUGUAGUGAUUCUAAUGUUGUUGAUGUAAAUAAUAUAUGUUGUUCCGUGGUGUGUAAUGAUGAGCAACCAGACGCUGCCCUUGACACAUUUAGGAAAUUGCUUAUCCCAGUUACUAAUAAGCAUGCACCUGUUAAGAAAAUGACUAUAAACUGUUAAAUCCACCUGGAUUGAUGAUAAUUUUAAAAUGGUAUGAUGAAGAGGGAGGAGGCAAAAGAGAUGGCAAAUAGGUCUGGCUGUACAACUGAUUGGCAAACGUGUUGCAAAUUGAGAAAUCAUGUGACUAAACUGAAUAAAAAGAAGAACGAACUACACUAUGAAACAAAGAUAAAUGACAAAGAAUGAUAGUAAAAAGCAGCUCCAUCAUUCAUUGAAUCAGAUGGCUCGUUCAUCACAAACCCCACUGAUAUUGCCAACUACUUGAAUGAUUUUGUUCAUUGGCAAGAUUAGCAAACUUAGACAUGACAUGCCAGCAACAAACGCUGAUACUACACAUCCAAGUAUAUUGGACCAAAUUAUGAAAGACAAGCAUUGUAAUUUUGAAUCUGUAAAGUAAGUGUGGAAGAGGUGAAACAAUUGUCUAUCAACAAUGACAAGUCACCGGGGUCUGACAACGUGGAUGGAAAAGGAUUGAGGAUAAUAGCGGACUAUAUUGAUAUUGCCACUCCUAAUUCCCUUAUCUUCAUUUACAGCCUACUAGAAAGUGUGUGUGUCCCUCAGGCCUGGAGGGAGCCAAAAGUCAUUCCGCUACCUCAGAAUAGUAAAGCCCCCUUUACUGGCUUAAAUUGCUGACUUAUCAGCCUGUUACCAACCCUUACAUUUUUUUGUAAAAAUUGUGUUUGACCAGAUACAAUGCGAUCAUAGUCUGCUGCUGGAAAAACUUGUGUUAUGGCUUUACACCCCCUGCUAUAUUGUGGAUAAAUAGCUACCUGUCGAACAGAACACAGAGGGUGUUCCAGAAUGGAAGCCAGUACAACAGAAUCAGGAAUUCCCCAGGGCAGCUGUCUAGGCACCUUACUUUUUUCAAUCUUUAUUAACGACAUGCCACUGCCUUUGAAUAAAGGCAGUGUGUCUAUGUAUGCGGAUGACUCCACACAUCAGCUACCACAGCAACUGAAAUGACAGCAACAUUUGACAAAGAGCUGAAGUUAGUUUCAGAAUGGGUGGCAAGGAAUAAGUUAGUCCCAAAUAUUUCAGGUAACCUUAAGUUACAUUGGCCUACUAUGCUAAUUCUGUAGCUGUAUUUUUAGAGGAGGGUAACGAUAAAGAUUUUGUUGGGGCGCUGUCACGAGAAUUAUUAAUCCCAAUGAUGUUAACUCAAAAAUCACGUAAGCUUUGACCAAUUCCCCCGAGGUUGUAAGGCCCGGGUUUAAUAGAAGAAUUCGACAAAGUCUCAGUAUGCAAUAGGUCAAUCCUUUAUUCAGAGAACGUUCUGAAAAUCAUACAUUGCACAUAGCCUUUUAUACCUCACAUUUGGUUAUAACAUACACUUUAUGAAUGCCCCUCUUCUCUAACUCAAUCCCAAUGUUCUACCCAUAUAUUGCUUAUCUUAUUCUGCCACAUGAUCAAUAAUCUUCUGCCUAACGGUUUCUCCCCUCCCUGUGUGGGGAGACUUCCUUCCUGUUAUCAGUUUCACAGUCACAAGAUGUCUGUCGACAGUUCCUCUUUUCCUUGAAUGUCUCAACUAUACUUCUGCUUACAUUGCUAAAUAGUAACAUUCUGUCCUCGUCUUACAUUUACAUUUUAGUCAUUUAGCAGACGCUCUUAUCCAGAGCAACUUACAGUAGAGUGCAUACAUUUUAUUACAUUUUUUACAUACUGAGACAAGGAUAUCCCUACCGGCCAAUCACUCCCUAACCCCUAACCCGGCCGACGCUAUUCCAAUUGUGCGUCGCCCCACGGACCUCCCGGUUGCGGCCGGCUGCGACCGAGCCUGGGCGUGAACCCAGAGACUCUGGUGGCGCAGCUAGCACUGCGAUGCAGUGCCCUAGACCACUGCGCCACCCGGGAGUCUUGUCCUAUACACGCACAUUAUUAUAGCCUUAUAACUCUAAUACAUUUCACACCGUCAUAGAGUUUCAGGGUGGAAUCAUUUAGUCAUUACCUUAAAGAUAUUCCUUCCUUUAUCAGGCGCCAGGCAGGUAUUAACCCUAGUUAUUAAAGGGGGGUAAAGAUAAAGAUUUUGUUGGGGCCCAGGCAGGUAUUAACCUGCUGAAAGGAAAAGAGUAGAGUAGUGCUACCAGGCACACAUCAGCAGAAGAUACUGAAUAGAGUGGAGCCUGUUGGCCAGAAAGCCAGUGGAGACUAGAGUGGAGCCUGUUGGCCAGAUAGCCAGUGGAGACUAGAGUGGAGCCUGUUGGCCAGAUAGCCAGUGGAGACUAGAGUGGAGCCUGUUGGCCAGAUAGCCAGUGGAGACUAGAGUGGAGCCUGUUGGCCAGAUAGCCAGUGGAGACUAGAGUGGAGCCUGUUGGCCAGAUAGCCAGUGGAGAC